CACACGUCUCCGAACAUGACGAAACGAAAGCGAGGAAGCUACUACGACCCCCCACCUCCCGAUGUCGGUCUCGGUGCGACGAUGGCGCACCUGAGGGGCGAAGACAAUGCGACAACACCCGCAGAUGGUGAUGAGGGCUGGACAGUAGUCAGCGGGUCCAAGAGGCGACGACAGUCCAGAGACGAUCACAGAGACAGUAGAGAUUAUAGAGGGUCGGGCUCGCAUCUUCCUGAUCGCGAUCGCCGCCGUUCCAGCGUGGACUCCAACAAUUCUCGAACCGAACGAGAAGGAGCCAUGGACGACCGACACUCUCCCAAGAUUGCGAGAGCCUCACUCGACAAUCCAUUUGCACCCAAAGACGAGCUGCUAGAUGAUCGUGCGUCACCGCCAGAGAAUCCAUUUGCGACACAUAAAAAUGGAGCCGAACAAACGCCCAAGGAUACAACAGGCAUGAGUAGGGAGGAGCGCAGAAAGGAGCGCAAGCUGGAACGAAACUAUCCUGCGAUCGAGCAUUCACAUCACGCUCGACUUCAGUCUCAUGUGAAAAUCACAGAUCUACAAUCUCUGGUGCUUUAUUUGCUUGCAGACGGUAACGCGCCACAAUGGGUUUCAGUGCGCAACCGCACAAGUAUUCAACGAGUCGUCAUGUUGAUGGUUCCUGGACUUGACUUAGGCAUGUUCAAUGGAGACAUUUGUCUAGAUGCCGCAUCAACAUCUGAAGCUCCGAAUACUGGAGAGAUCAUGAAGAAGAUAACUGACAUCGGAUCCACCUCAGAUGAUAGUGCAAAGCCCAAGCGAUUACGCAUUUCACCUGAUGAGUUUUAUCCUGCUAGCCUGAAACCCGACAGACUUCCUGCAUGCCUGAAGCCUCUUGCCGAUAUCUUCGAGCACGUGUGGCCGAUCAAAGCUCAAGGAGAGCAUCGUAACAAUCAGUUCAUCAGGGUGCAUUCGCCCAUCCAUACUAUGCUAUCGUCACAAAUACCCAAGACACGCGAGGAAAAACAAAUGAAAAAAAACGGAAACCACAAAGGUCCCACGCCGCAGAAUACAAAGCAUUGGGAUAACAAGCGUACACGCAUUACAGAGUACAUCGCCAGUCUAGUUGACCAACAAGACAAUGACUACGUUCUUCAUCCAGCCUGGUUCACUACUUCAGAGUCCAAAGAAGCUGCUCACCAGAGGCGAAAAGCAGCCCAACAAACUUCAGACCAUGGCUGGGUAGACACUAAUGUUGCGAGCAUCGAAGAUGGAGAUGUACCUGAAAGCGAAAUCGAGCAGGGUAGUACGACCGCUGGCAGACAGAUCAUCUCAGUCGAUUGCGAGAUGUGCAAGGCUGAGAACGAUCAGCUUGUGCUCACACGAAUUAGCCUUCUCAAUUGGGACGGGAGCGUGGCUCUGGACAAGUUGGUCAAGCCUGAUGUUACCAUCAAAGACUAUCUGACACAGUGGUCUGGUAUUACAGCAGCCAUGCUCGAAGAUGUCACAACCACUCUGUCGGACAUCCAGAAAGAACUAUUGACACUCAUUACACCGCGCACGAUUCUUGUGGGACAUUCACUCAAUUCAGAUCUCAACGCUAUGAAACUUACCCACCCAUUCGUGAUUGAUACCGGAAUACUAUUUCCGCACCCUCGCGGACCGCCAUACAAGCAGUCGCUCAAAUUUCUCGCACAGAAAUACUUGCAUCGCGAAGUCCAAAAGGGCGCGAAAGGCCACGACAGCGUUGAAGAUGCUCGCACUUGUCUCGACUUAGUCAAACAAAAAUGUGAAAAGGGCCCUCGAUGGGGUUCUGGGGAUACAAACGCGGAGUCCAUUUUCAAAAGACUAGCACGCACAACGCGACCAAAGUCGAACAGCGAGCCCCGCGCCGGUGCGGUGAUCGACUGGGGUGACCCGAAUCGAGGACAUGGCGGCCAAGCUCAAGUCUCUGUAGGAUGCAAGACUGACGCUGCAGUUGUAGAAGCCGUUGAGUGCGCUGUGAAGGGCCAAGUAGAAGGCAAAGACGGCGCCAACGAGAAAGUUGAUUUUAUCUGGGGCCGUCUCCGCGAACUUGAACUCGCCCGAGGCUGGUGGGACGACGCAAAGACGGCGGAUGUGGAAGCCAUUCGACAGAGCGCGCUGCAGAGACUUGGACUCUCGAAGGAAGGGGAAGAAGACGACAUCGAAGUCAAAGGAUCUGAGCUUGGCGACGCCGUCUCCAGAACCGUCGAUCACAUAGUUCAGAUCUACGACUCGUUGCCACGCUGCACCGCGUUGGUUGUGUACAGUGGGACAGGCGAUCCUCGAGAGAUUCGCCGUUUACAAUCCAUGCAACAACAAUACCGUCGCGAAUACGCCACCAAGAAUUGGGACAAUCUUAGCGUCAAGUGGACGGAUACGGAGGUACAGGCUCUUUCUCGAGCUUGUCAAGAUGCCCGCGAUGGCGUUGGGUUUAUCGUUGUGAAGUAAAUUGGGCCGGGAAUAUUUGUACAACUGCUGGGUGGAGCGUGCAGCAAGAGCAACGUUUCAAGCGCAUGGUGCAUGCUGAUACGUGCGCAUGUGGAGUGUAUUCGCUUCUGCAAGCCCGUUAUGCGAAUGUGGCGUCCGGUAAAAUCAUGAUUGAGGCCCUCAUCGCGCUUAUUUUGUAAGAUAGUAUCAGCAGUUCGCAACGAUCGUCCAAGCGCAGACUUCCGCUUACAGUUUCAAUAACAUAUUUUUUGCUUUCAAAAUCAAGAAUGCGUUGAUACGUUGCUUUUGCUCUGACAUGACGAAG